GUUGCUACGCUCCAUGGUCAUCUCCACAACUACUUACACUCACUGCCAUAUCGGCAAUCCGCAUGCCAGCAGGACUUUACCGGUUGCGAGACAAUCAUCCGAAUUAUCCUCAAGAUCAUGUCGCUUGGAUUAGCACAUAUUCCGAGCUGUCCGGUGCUCUGUCAUCGGAGACGCACCGGUCCCAUCCACAUCCACAGCCUUCACUUCGCAUGGACCACUCCCACGAUGCCCCUACCACACUGGAUCAAGCCGCAGCACAGGAUGGCAUUCAAGACUUCCGACAUGCUGGGAACUGGACUUCCCGCCCAAUAGAUGUCGCACCCGAGUAUAUGAGCGACGCCAAUUAUAUGUCACAUGGAGUCUUCACUACAUUUGGCCAUGAUUCAUCCACUCAGGCUGGUCGGCAGCCCCAAUCUUCCUCGUCCAUCUCGCCGCCUGUACCUAUGCAGCAACCGGUUCCUCUUACUCCAUAUCGAUUAAAGCAAUGCCCUCGGGGCUGUGACUCCCUUAUCUCAGUCUGGUUCCAGUCAUUAGAUGGAACGCUCGGAAUACCACUAUCUAUGGUGCCAUUGAAGGGCACUUGUUCAGCGCUGGCGAACGGUCUGCAGCCAAUUUGCAAUGGAGAUGUACCGGAGAAGGCAUCCAUUCGUAUGCAGUGGCCAGGCUAUAGUGUUUCGUACCACCGCCAAAUGAACAUACGGAAUGCCAGGCGCAAUCCGACUCCGAUAACUGUCAGCAAGCUCGCCAUCCUCGUAGCAUCGCAUACCAGGCUUAUGAUUGACCAAUAUGCCAACUAUGACUGCAGUGACGUCACUUGGCAAUUUGCGCCCAGAGGUCCUAUUCAUUACAGCAAUAUCAUCCUUGUCGGAGCUGUACAGGUCUCUCAUCGCAGCAUACAACCAAUCUUUGAAUACCUAAGGAAGUGACGGUAACACUGAUAUGCAUAUGCAUAAAUAUCAAUACUAUGUCAGGAUAUGCGAAGUAUGACUGUACAUGACAGGACUACCAUAACCGCACAGACACUUUAUGAAUUACAGUAAAUACAUAGUUAGCUAGGACCCUAUGGAUAUAUGCAAGAUAGGUACCCAAGCCACACACUGUAGCCAUCAGGAGGACGCCCACCACCGACAUGGUACAACUUCGGUAAUAUCGUAUCGGUAGCCGUGUCGCAGGUCCCCUUCUCUGUCAUACACUGUCGUCUCCACAACGUGACAGCAUGUGGAAGAGUACGGUAUAAAUUACAUGCAGUAUUAUGUAUUACUCCGUUGUCUGGUGACGACGGGAAUACCUGUCCAAUGAGUAUAAUAUAUUUCAGUAGUA